GAGCCGCCGGCAUAAUAAUGGGCAACNCCCUCGACAUCGUCAAAGUAAAUCUCCAAAGAGGAGACCGAGGAGCAGCUUUACUCGCAUCAACCACAGCAUCCNCCCCAACAUCACCAAUUCUUCCCUCUCCGUCAACAACACAAUCAACCAAUGCAGCAAAGUCACUCUCUACCUUGCUCAAAGGCACUGCUGCCCCAGUCCUCGGCUAUGGCGCUCUAAAUGCUUUGAUGUUUAUAACCUACAAUCGCUGCAUGGAGUCUCUACACCAAGACCCUGCUCACCCCUCCUCUCUGUCCAAGACUUGGUUAGCAGGUGCUCUGGGAGGUCUAGCCACUUUCCUCGUCUCUGCGCCCACGGAAUUGAUAAAAUGCAGAGCACAGGUCAGCGGCACCGAAAACAGUUCUUGGAGCAUCGCAAAAGAGCUGUGGAAGGAAAGAGGAUUGAGGGGUUUGUAUUGGGGCGGCGGGGUCACGAGUUUGAGGGAUAGUGUGGGUUAUGGGUUUUACUUCUGGUCAUAUGAGUUGAGCAAGAGAGCCUUGAUCUCCGAAAAGACGGACGCGGAAAAGCCAGAGUGGAUGACCAUUUUGCUUUGUGGUGGUAUUGCUGGUGUGGUGACUUGGGCUUCCGUGUUUCCAUUGGAUGUCAUAAAGACCAGAGUGCAGACCCAAGGCAUCUCCAGAACUCCAGCUGGAAUGCUCUCAGGAGAGCAGUCUGGAUUGCUUGCGGCUCGAGACUCGGGGCGAUUAGGCACCCUACAGAUUGCAAGACAGGCAUAUCGAGAAGAAGGGCUAUCUGUCUUCUUUCGUGGGUUGGGUGUUUGCAGUUUCAGAGCUUUCUUCGUGAACGCCGUACAGUGGGCCGUGUACGAAUGGAUGAUGCACAUCUUACUUCCCUCAAAGGCUGGACCAUACUCAGAUAAACACGAC